AUGAAUAUGGAUGAAAAAGAAAAUUCCCAAGACAUGAACCACGAUUUUGUCAAAAAUAAUGAAGUCAUUUUAGAGAAGAAGAUUCGAAAAAGAAAACCUAGACGAAAGAAAAUCACAUCGAAGAUUUAUAAAAAUGAUGGACCUCUCAAAGGAACAAAUUUGGUGAUACCAAAGUCAGUUAGGAAGAAAGAAAAACUUGGCAAGAGACAAAAUGGUAGAAAGAGAAAACACGCUGAUGAUUUUGCUAGUGAGACAAUACAUCCAAAUGAAUCUACUGCAUUUAAGGGUAUUGAUGAACAGAAUAUAGAUGGAGGUUUUUCAAUUCAACACAGUUUAAAGUUGGACAAUGUGAAUUCUCAAUAUAUAUACACACAUUCAAGAAUUGAUUCAACUCAUACUUGUAAAAAGUUUGAAGAGGAACAAAACUUACUUACACCAUUAUCAAGGAGGCAGUUGUUGAAAAAGCAAUUAGAAUCUUUUCGCCGAAGAAAGAGUGCUAUGAGUGGAAUCCAAAAUGAAACUUUCAUGCCUACACAACAUAUUUCACCUUACCAAAUUGACUUGAAUGUGGCAUUGUCGAACAAUACAACAUGCUUGAAUGGCAACAUAAAGUUUUCUUCAUUUCCCAAGUUUCACAAAAGGAGGAGGACAGAAAAAGAAGCAAGUUCUCCAACAAUUUUUCUUCGUUACAAAAUUUUAACAUUUGCUGCUGCUCAUAGGUUGAUGACUCCAACCAUGUUGGAAAUGUUGAGAAAUGUGUUGGAAUUUAGAAGAGUUGAGGUGAAAAAUAAGAGAUUCGAUUUAUCAUUCCAAACCUUCAGCUUAAACGAUAUAGAAUCCAAUGAUGUUUAUAGACAAUCAACAACAAUUAUCUCAACUCCUGUAAAAGUCAGACAAAUCCAAGAAAAACGGGCUCCUGUUGAACAUCAAGAACUUGCAUUAAUACCUUAUGUGCACCCAUUAAGUUCUUUGGAGCAAAAUCUAAAUCAUGAUGUUAAUAAGAAUGGGCGGCAAAAGAGCAUCAAUAAUCAUCAAGGUGCUCUUGUUCCUUAUACUGGAGUUGGUGCAAUGGUUCCAUAUAAGCGCCAACCUAAUCGAUAUCGUCUUGUUGUUGCUUUGGAUCCAAAAAAUACUUGGUUGUGGAACUGUUUUGCAAGUAAUGAACAACUACCUGAGGAUGGGACAUUUGAUUACGAGACAAAGACAUGGUGGGAGAAUGAAAGAAGAAUUUUCCAAGGGCAUGCAGAAUCAUUUCUUGCUAAGAUACGUCUCAUACAAGGAAAUCGACGCUUCUCAAAGUGGAAAGGAUCAGUAGUGGAUUCUGUAGUUGGUGUCUUUCUUACACAAAAUGUUUCAGACCUUUUGUCGAGCUCGUCCUUCAUGAAUCUCAUUGCAAGAUUUCCUCUUAAAUCAAAAGAAAAUGCAAGUGAAUCUCAUUCAGUUGAGGCAUCAUCUAUUGGCAUAAGCAUCUCUACAAUAGAGAAGAAAGACAAAUGUGGUGAAGUUGCUGAUGAUACAAAAGAAGAUGUAAGUUGCUCACAAAACUCUGUAGAUACUGCUUUCAGUUCAACAAAUGACUUGGCACGAAUUCCGAUUGAAAUUGAAGACAGUGAGAAGUUUCUAUCUAAUUGUAGCACAGUUGCUCCAUGCAAAAAUUGUAUGCAAUCAUCAUUUUGCUCAGAUAUAGAAGAUUUUCUUGGAAAUUAUUCUCGUUGUCAGUUUCUAAGCGAAGAAUCACUUGUAUCAGCUAGCAAAAGUACUUCUUUCACAGAUUUUAGAUCAAAAGGUGAGCAUCUCCAAAAGGAAAUCCAACAUCCUAAAAUUCUAGGAGAGAAUUUGGGAGCAUUGAAGGUUCCGGAUUUCCAUUUAAAAGAAGUUAGAAGAAUGUCAAGUAAAAAUUCAAAGAUGACACCAAGAGCAAAAAAGUCCACAGCUGAUAGUAAAAAUAAUAAUAACAUUGAUUGGGAAAGGUUGAGAAAAGAGAUAUCUCACAAUCUUCCCUCAAAGGAGAGAAGCAAUGAUUACAUGGACUCAGCAGAUUGGGAGGCAGUAAGUCAAGCAGAUGUAGGUAUAAUUGCAGAUGCCAUUCGAUUACGAGGACAACAUAAUAUAUUAGCAACAAGAAUCAAGAAUUUUCUUAAUCGAGUGGCUAAAGACCAUGGAAGCAUCGAUCUAGAAUGGUUACGACAUAUUUCUCCUGACAAAGCAAAGGAGUAUCUCCAAAGUAUAGAUGGACUGGGACUUAAAAGUGUCGAUUGUGUUCGCCUUUUAGCACUUCACUUUAAGGCAUUUCCGGUUGACACAAAUAUUGCUCGCAUACUUGUAAGAUUGGGAUGGAUACCACUUCAACCACUACCUGAAUCAGCUCAGCUGCAUGCAAUAGACCAAUAUCCAAUCAUGGGAACUAUUCAAGAGUACCUUUGGCCUCGAUUAUGGACUCUUGAUCAACCAACAUUGUAUGAACUACAUUAUCAAUUGAUCACUUUUGGGAAGGUGUUUUGCACUAAGAAGAACCCAAAUUGUAAUGCAUGCCCAAUGAGGAAUGAAUGCAAACAUUUUGCAAGUGCAUAUGCUAAUGCAAAAAAGUUGCUUACUGGACCAGAAGAGAAAAGUUCCGUGAACUCUGUAUAUUCUAGCAUAUCAAGCAUUGAUCCUUUCACCAGUUCAAGUCAAUCGUCGAUAGCUAAAAUGGAAAGAGGCCAGGUUUCAAAGAAAUUGACUUAUAUUCCUUGUGAACCUAUAAUUGAAGAACCAUUUUCACCAGAACCUGCAGUUGAAUUUGAACAUCUUGAACUGAAUCAAAGCAAUUAUUUUGAAGAUUGCUCAUACAAUUUAGAUCAAGAUGAUACACUUGAUCUUAAUUUGAUAGGUGCAUCCCAAAAUUUUGAGCAUAUAAAUCAAGCAAAGAAUACAGAAUCUGAAGAAGCUGAAAAUUCAAAUCUAGCCUUGACUGCUACACCAUUUGUUUCCUUCUUGAUGCCAGCAUUAAAGAGUGUGAACAAGUUUCGAACAAAGCAUUAUGUCUAUGAGCUCCCUAGUAAUCACCCUCUCUUGGAAGGAAUGGAUGAACUAGAGAAAAAUGAUGAGUAUCGAUACUUAUUUGCUAUAUGGAAACCAGGUGAAAACGCAGAAUCAACUGAACCACCAGUAAACCACUGCAGCUUUCAAACUUUCGAUGAACUCUGUGAUAACAAAGCUUGCUUUCGUUGCAAUAGCAUACGAGAAGCUAAAUCAGAAACAGUUAGAGGCACGCUUCUGAUACCAUGCAGAACAGCAAUGAGAGGAAGGUUUCCACUCAAUGGAACUUAUUUUCAAGUUAAUGAGGUUUUUGCAGAUAACAAGUCCAGUAAAGACCCAAUUGUUGUUCCCAGGAGUUGGUUGUGGAACCUAAGGCGAAAAAUUUGUUACUUUGGAACAGGCAUUUCGACAAUAUUCCGAGAUUUGACGACGGAGGAGAUACAAUUUUGCAUGAGUCAAGGAACAGUAUGUGUCCGGGGAUUCGACAGAGAAACAAGAAGAGUAGAACUUCUAUAUAAAAGAUUACAUGUUCCUGCAAGUCAAGCAACAAAGAAAAAGUCAAAACCAGAGAACAAGGACUGA